AUGGAGUUGUUAGAAGUGUCCCAGUUUAUCCAGCUGAUCUCACAAUGUGAUCUCUUUAAGGAUGGAAGCUUACGAGUUAUGUUUCUAUUAUUUGGUCUAUCGGACAAUAAAAAGAACAUACUACUGUACAAAUCCAACUUUGAUUACCAGAGUUUUCGGUAAGUUAAAGCAAUCUCAGCCACUCUUCUGAAUAUUUCUUGUAUUCUAGUCCUUUAUUGCAGAGUGACGAAUGUGUUAGAACUUGAUGAUCCUGCUGAUCAACUACAAAUCUCGUCUGUCGAAAGUGUUCACGGAAAUAAUUUUUCUGGACGUAUAGUCACAAAAAAUAAGUAAGAUUUCUUCUGCUGGACUCAACAAAUAUUCUUUGAAUUUUUUUUACAUUUCAAAGCACUGCUUGUAACUUUUCAGGACAGUAAUCGUCCAAGAUGGAAAGGUUUUUAAUUUCGACAAGCCAGGAGUUGUAGUCAAUACAAAAGUGGUGUCGAUCCAAUGUGAUACUAACAAUAAGAAUACAACAGUUGCAAGUUUAAAGGACACUUUUUUCCGGAUAGUGAAACAAGAUUUUAUUGAUUGUUGUGACGAGUUGUAUGGUUUCAAGGACAAGCUGGUGGUCAUCAAAGAUGAGAAAUGCAUGGAAGUGGAUGUUACAGAGUCGGAAUGGAAAUCCAAGUCUUGUUUAGAUGACAUAACGGAUCUUAAGAGGGUUUAUCCCAUUGUAAGUUGUCAAGAAUUAUCCAGAACUUUCUUGAAACGAGAAAAGAUAUAGAAUGGAGAGAGAAUACACUUGGCAAUGAUUUUCAGGCAAAAUAUUUUAUCAAGUCUAAAUGUCCGCGGUAUUGACAUGGAAAGUGACAUGUCACUAUUCCUUUAUAUAUGUGAUAGUACUGGUCUUAACGAAUUGGAGGACCUUUAUUUGAAGUUUUGGUAACGCCUCAAAAAACAUUUAUGCCUCACUUUCCAAAAGUCACACUUUCGAGAAUUGCGAUCGGAACAUGGUCAACUUGAGCCUCCGAGAAAAAAAGUUGCAGUAAAGUUAUACCUCCAUUUUUAUCGUCAAUAUAUUGCUUGAAUGUCGCUAUUUGUUGGACCAAAACGGGUCCGCAAAUACCUUGCCCCAGAGCGAGACAUCGCCAAAAAUUUUUGCCCAUUUUUUUGCGUACCCUAUAGAUUCCUGUUAUGGAUAUUUUCAGAGUCUUUUUUUGAACUAUCAUCACUGUUCGAUUCGAAUGCCCCCAAAAAUCAAGAACCUUUUUGCAUAUUUCGCCGAGGAUCCCAGCGCCAAUUGUGAUGCUGUAAGUACAAAUACAAUUUCUGAGGAAAAAGUAUUGAUUUUGGCGCAAUUUUUCCCAAAUUCGAAUGACCCACUUUUGAUUAAAAGGAUGAUUUUUUUUUUCAGCAUAAAGAAUUAUUGGAAAAUCUUCGAAGUAUCAGAAGUAGUUAUGACAACCAUAGUCACCUAUUAUUCUCCAUAGCUGUGGGGGUUUCCGUACCCUUUGGGGUUUUGGCCGUCAUUUCCGUUAUCUGCAUAUUUAAAGUAUGCUUUUAAUAAUGUACAUCUGUAGUACAGGGUGUCCAGAGAAAUUCCGCGGAAAGUUGUUGUCGAUUUCUCGGCGCUUAGGCAAGAUAUCCAAAAAAUUCUUUCUGCAUUAGAAAGAAGGCAAUGGGCGGUUUUUUGCCUAAAAAGAUUUUUUUCUUCGCCGACGCGGAAUGCAGUGUAUUCGGCGGAGACUUUUGAUUGCUUUUUUGGUCAUCACACCAAACUUAAGCGCUUUACUAUGAUCCUGAAACUAUCGGGAAGCCUUCAGUUUUUUUCCACAAAGGAUCAGGAGACCGACGACAACGCUAUGCAAUCGCAUUUAGCGACUGUAUAGCACUGGGUAGUUGCGUCAACAGCGAUAAAGUCCGACCUAGAGGUGGCAAUCGGGCUGGGCCGGCCCGGCCCGGCCCGGCCGGGCCCGGUGAUUGGGCCGGGCCGGGCCGGGCCUGAGCAGAUUUGA